AUGAUUCAAGAGAUGUUUAAUAAUGUAAUAAUAUUAUUAGCUACGUUGAUAAUAUUAUAUAGAAAACGAGAGAAAUAAAUAAUGAAAUAGAGGAUAUUUGUCAAUAAAAUAACAAAAUCGAUCAAGAUUAAGGAGAAAUUGAAUAAAAACAAAUAAGUGAAAUAACAGGAUUGCUAACAAAUGUCAUAGAUGCUAUAAGCAUUAUAUAUAACCGUCUAUCUAAUGAUAACAGAAUGAAUAAAGAUGGAAUAAAGAUUAUGUUGUUCUUAAACUCAACCAAUAAGAUAUUUUAAAAGUUAAAGUGUUUUAUUGCCUAACUAGAAAAUAGAUUAGAAUACUUAAAUUUAUAAUUAAUGGUUUUUAAAAUUGAAAAACUAAAUCUCUAAAAUGAGAUAAAUAUAAGAUAUGAAAAAUAUGAUGAAUCGUUAACUAAUUAUUAAAAAUUAUUCUAGAAUUAAUUGAGAUUUUAUGUUGACCAUGAAACUAUUGUAGAAACUCUAUAAAAUUAAAUAGUUAAACUCAAUAAUGAACAAGAUGUGUUAAGAAAUAAAGUAUUUGAGUAUUCAUAGUUAAUAAUUGAACUAUAAAUUAUAUAAAAUGAUACAAAUAAUCAAGCUAAUGAGAAAUAAGAUGACAGCAUGAAAAAGUUAAAAGCUGCUUUUCUUUAAGAAAAUUAUGAUUUAGAAAACUUCAUUGCAAGUAUUAUAAUUAUUUAUUUGUUAAUAAGCUAACAGGAUGUCCUACGAUAAAAUUUGCUCUCUAAUCUGUUGGGCAUACUAAGAAUAUUCUUAAUUGAAGUAAACAUUUUAAGAUGAAAUAAAAACAUUAUAACAUAUUUUAAGAAACUAAGAACAACAUAUAAUUAAGAGAAAAUCUCUUAUAAUGAACAAAUUGCUUCAUUAUAAUAAUGCUUAGAAAAAAACAUAGAAUUAUUAUAAAAAUAAUUUACAAGAAAUAAUGAAAUUCAAAAUUCAAAUAACAAAUUACAUAAAUAGUUAAUAGAAAAUUAAAAUCAAUUACAUUAAACUAUAUUUUAAUAUUAAUUAUAAAUUUUGGAAAAUGAAUCUUUCAAAAUUUAAGAAGUUUAACAAUAUAAAGAGCAAAUUAACAGUUUAAAUAGUUUAAGAGAUGAAACAAUAAAAAAUAUAAAGCAAAUUAUAUAAAAUUCUAAAUAAUAUUCAUCUUAAAACGAAGAAAAUUAAGUUAUUUAAUUAGAUGAAAUUGAGGAUUAAAAUUUUCAGCAAAUUUUGA